AUGGUCUGCGGUGCCAACGUGGCCGACACCCGUCCGAAGUUCGAUACCCUGGCACGUCAGAUCUUUUCCCGACGGCCCCUCUGGCAGACGAUCUUGGGACAAUCGUGGGGCUGGGUGACGGCCUGGAUGGCCGACAGCCGGUACGACUCGGCCGUGUUGGACCGAACUGUGCAGGAUGGCUUUGGCCGCGACCGCCGACUGUUCGAUACCACGAAACCCUUGGUAUCCGGCAUCCGAGUGGCUCUAACAGCCAGCCAGGUCGAAGACGGGUCGCUCUGUCUGUUCUCCAACUAUCGAGCGGCGGGCCGUCCUCGGAUGUCGUCCGCCUAUAGAGCACUAGUGCCAGAGCAGGAGCCAUUUUUGUGGGAAAUAGGUUCUAUAUGCGGAAAAGGAGGAAGGAGGGGAAGAGGCCACCCAUACUAG